AUGUCUGGUGCAUUCGAGGUCAGAGCGGAGUCGUCCAGUCCAACAGCAGCGAACUGCGAGGAACUACUCCAGCAGGGCGCUAUCGCCCAUCCAGAUCCGGAUAUUUCAGGUGCUGGAGUAGUGCUAGCCUUCAUUCUCAGUGCAUACAUCACCUUUUUCAUGGUUCUGGUUGUUUACCUCGGCGGUCUGGUAGACUCUACCCUGCUGAGGCCUGUCGAUCGCCAAAUAUUUCAUAUUCAACCAUACUCGCCAAGUCGAAGACGACCCCAACUCCAUGCCUCUGUUCGCAAGGCUGUGCUUGCCCUGAGUGAUCAGCAGAUUGUUACGGGCAUCGCGAUCAUGGGUGCAGGAUUCCAAGGGCUGAGAACAGGUAGCAUAUCUGUCUACCACUUCCAGAUUGUACUGUACUUGGCUUGGAUGUCGAGCAGCGUGCACCUUUCAGCCAUUACACUGCUAGGAACCUACUUGCAGGAGCAUCGAGGUAUAAUGAUAUGGCGUCUCUGUGGCAUGAGUAUAUUAUUGGUUAUGCUCAUCAUCGGACUCGUACCGACUAUCAGCAAUGACUGGGGAAUAUUUUGGUGGAAUGGAAUGGUAGACGGAAGGACAGGAUGGGCCAUUCCUGCCAAAUGCUUUUGGGGCAAGCUCUGGGGGGAUGGUGUUGGCCCGGAUGCACCUCUAGGCUUCAUCAUCCUGGCUAUCAGUUAUAUCUGGAAGGUUGGCGGUCUAUUCAGUAUUACAAGCACGGCCUACAACCGAUGGGCGCGAAGCCCCUUGGAGACUCUCCUGGUGUUAUUACUGAAAGUCCCCGCUACACACUCAGACAGCGAUAUGCAUCCGCGACUCUGGCUCUGGCUAUUUCGGUUAAUUCUUGGGAUUGCUCUCCCACUAUUCGUCAUACUUGAGUGUGUAUCCUCUUUUGCGGCUUCCCUCUGGAUCUCUUUGACUGGUCUGUUAUUCGGAACAAUCCAGGUUCUGGUACCGCGAACUCAAAUGCAGCCUUUAACUGGAUCUUUGGAAAAUACCUGGGGGUUUGGACAAUUAGUCCCUUUGAUACUACUGAUUCAACCUCUGGGAGCAAUUAUGGAGCAUGUUUGGACCAAAGAUCAAUCUGGGCUUCACCGUCAAGACACUAAUCAUACGCGGGAUGACGCAGCUACCUCUUCCUUCGCAAAUCCAUUUGAACUGGACACUGGAGCAAACGGGAAGUCAAGUCUCAUACAACUUAUAUCUGGACGAUCACCGAUCUCUUCUUUUUCGAUCCGAGACAAGAAACAGGAAAUGAAAGCCCUGCUUUUCUCAAGCAAGCUGUUUGCGACUCUCGUAUGGCUCGUGCAGGCAGCUGUGGUCACUAUUUGUGUUGUGGUUUUCUACUUCGACGCAGAAACCAUCGGUAACCAGAGGUCCAACAACUGGGAGUUCAUUCUAGAAGCAAUUGCUGCAUUUGCUAUAUUCGGCUUCCUAAUGACGGUAGUACUCUCACCGUUCAGCCGAACGGGCAAACUGUAA